AUGAAAGCGAAUGUAUCGCAAGAACCCUCUAUACCAACCCAAUGUUCUGUUCGUUUAACUUCUGCGGACCCUGUUCACAGUUAUCCAAGAAAGCAAGCUCAUCAGAUUAAUUAUUCCGUGUCUCACGCGCCUUCCAUUCACAUAUCAAACGCUGCGAAUGGCCUUGAGGUACCAUUGCCUCGACGAAAAUCGACAGGAACCCUAAUGAGCGACGCUAUGAAACCUGUAUUAAACACUUCUGAUCAAGAAAGUAUUGAUAUGCUCGAUGAUGCAGGCAUGAUUAUUGCUCGAUAUAAAUUAGGAAAUACCAUUGGCAAGGGUCAUUUCGGCACAGUAUACCGUGCGCUAGAGCUGUGUACCGGUCGGAUGGUUGCCGUUAAACGUAUCAAGCUUGAUGAUGCACGAAAAGAAGAUAUAGAUGAUGUACUGCAAGAAGCCGAGUUACUGCAAUCAUUAAUGCAUCCGAAUAUCGUUAAAUAUGAGGGCUUCAUCCAAAGUGCCGAACACAUCAAUAUUGUCUUGGAAUUCGUAGAAAAUGGGUCCCUUCUGAAUACUCUCAAGCAUUUUGGGAGUUUUCCGGAAAACCUGGUAGCGAAUUACUGCUUGCGAAUAUUGGAAGGCCUGAAUUAUCUUCAUGAACGCGAUGUAGUCCAUUGUGAUUUGAAAGCCGCCAAUAUAUUGACGACUAAAACCGGCGAUGUCAAGUUAUCCGAUUUUGGCGUGUCGCUGAACCUAAAAUUAAAAGAAGCCAACGCAGGUGCUGUCGCUGGAACCCCUAACUGGAUGCCACCUGAGGUGAUUGAGCUUAAAGGCGCUUCUACAAAGUCGGAUAUAUGGUCGUUAGGAUGUACGGUGAUAGAACUUUGCACCGGUAAACCUCCCUACGCUAAUCUGAUACCAAUGACGGCGCUAUUCAGGAUCGUGGAAGAUGACUGUCCACCAUUACCUGAAGACGUGUCUGACGUAUGUAAUUCCCCAACCUUCGUGGAUUUUGUGCAAAGAAAAAAGCUCGCUAUGGUGUCAAGUUGUAGCUAA